AUGGCGAGUGUACCUUCCUCCGCCACUGUGUUAGUCUCCUAUCUACAAGCUCAAGUUAAUGAUAUUGUUCGUAUUAUGCGAGAAACUAUCAAGGAAGUAUCAGAACGAGGAGAAAAUCUAGAUUCAUUACAAGGCAAGACUGAUGAUCUUGCUGUACAUUCUAACGGCUUUCGUCGGGAUGCUAAUAAAGUGAACAAGCGGACGUGCUCCAAGCAUGUCAAAAGUCGUAUGUAUUUAAUUAGCUGUGUUAUCUUUUUAUUAGUUGUUCUACUCAUUAUACCUGUGGUAACAUUGGCAUUGAACCGUCAUAGCUAA